ACAACUGCAGUAAAAUAGUUGAAAAAUGUUUACCUUUUUGAAGAAUUUCGUGAUUUCGUGUUUUCGAAAAAUAUAGUAAAUAAACGGGUCUUAAUAACCUUUGGGAACAUAAUUAAUGAUAAUUUAUCCAAGGGGUUUUACAUUUUGUAUGUACAUUUAAGGAUUUAUUUAUUACUCUUAAUUAGGUAAUUACUCGUAAUUUUGAACAUUUGGCUGUACAAGUUUCCGCCCCUAUCUCAUAAUAGCGAUAAAAUCUGGAUAAAAUGAAUGAAGACGAGAACUAUAAGUUUGCAGCAUGCACUUUCUUUGCAAAGAAUCAUCCAGGGGAAACCUGUGGGAGCAACGGACUGCCUUUAACCCCAAGUUCAGUAACCAUACUUGGAAGGUCCCAGCGAUUGUUGACGAUUGAACAUCCUAAUCUUUGUACAUAUCUGGAUAUUAUUAGAGGGAAACAUGAAAGAAUCAUAGUAGUGGCUGAGGUAUUAGGAAAGUCCCUAUCAGAGUACAUAUCCAAAUUCUCCUUUGAUGAAGUUCUCAACAUAGCAGUCCAAGUAGCUCACGCCAUGAAGUUUCUUCAUAAAAAUGACAUAACACACAGAACUCUAUCAGAGGAUAAUAUACUGUUGGACAGUACAGGGAGGGUGAAGUUGUUCAACUAUGGACUGUAUUAUAUGACUAAUGGGGGAAAUGAGGUGCCAUUCCCACUUGGGCUACCUCGAUAUUUAAGUCCAGAAACAAUCCUAAAUGGAGGUGGUCCAGCAGCUGAUAUAUGGGCUUUCGGUAUAAUUCUUCUUGAAAUGUGUAUUGGAAAGCUGUGGAGCAGCUUGAAACCUGGCCCCAUAUUAAGAAGGAUACUGACUCUGGUGCAUGCUAACAACCCAGCUGAAAGGAUAGCUAGAGAACAUGACUGUUAUGAAGAAUAUAAGAAAGUUCCCGAAAAUAUCAGAAAUGUUAUAGAAAAAUGCUUAAAAAUAUAUCCAAGUGAGAGAACAACAUUUGCAGAACUUUUUGAAGAGUUAUCACAAAUGAGUAGUCAAACACCUUUAGAAAUUAAGAAGCCUCGUGGCUUAAUGGGAUGUAAGCUGCAGUAUCUUUAUUACUGGUGGCAGUUAACAGGAGGGGAUAUACAGGCUGAGUUGAAAAAGAAUGGACUGAUUAAAAAUAGUCCCCCCAUAUUGUCUAUGCCUAUAGCAAUCCUUUUAGAUGGAUGUACCAUUGGUGGAAAGACAGGUGCAUUAUUCGACCGUCGAAUAGCUAAAUACAGUUUGGAUUUACUGAAGAAUCGCCUCAGCCACAUCCCACCGCAGGACUUCUACCCGUUAAUGCAUGAGAGGAAAAGAGAUUAUGAUGCAGUUGCUUUACCAAAGAUUAUUAGGGAAAGGGAUACGGAGUACCAGUUUUAUAGAUUACUGUGGUUCGAAAGACUUUUGCAUGGCUACCCAUAUACAGCGCAGUACAUAAGAGCAGAAGCGGAGAUCGACAUUCCCCCUCUAGUGAGGGGGGAGGUGUGGGCUGCUUUGCUGGGCGUAGUGGGGGACAUAGAGGACCAAUACGAGAGGAUUGACAAGGAGACUCCCACGCCUACGGAUAGACAGAUUGAUGUGGACAUACCGCGUUGUCACCAAUACUGCUGGUUGCUAUGCGGCUCAGCGGGACACAAAACCCUCAAGAGGUUACUAAAAGCCUGGUUGCUGACGAACCCACAGUACGUAUACUGGCAAGGAUUGGACUCCUUGACGGCUCCGUUUUUGUAUCUCAAUUUUUGUAAUGAAGCACGCGCCUUCGCCUGUCUCUCAGCGUUCGUACCUAAGUUCCUGCAUAAGUUCUUCCUAAAGGACAACAGUGCAGUAAUCAAGGAGUACCUAGCCAAGUUCUGGCAAAUGACCGCCUUCCACGAACCGGAGCUAGCUACGCAUUUACACGAAAUCAACUUUGUACCUGAACUGUUCGCUAUACCAUGGUUCCUAACGAUGUUUUCCCAUGUAUUUCCCCUACAUAAAAUCGUCCAUCUAUGGGACGCGCUUCUAGUGGAAGGAACGUCUUUACCUCUUUUCAUGGGAGUUGGUAUCCUUCGGCAAUUGAGAGUUACCCUUCUGGAGUCUGGAUUCAAUGAGUGCAUUUUACUGUUUUCCGAUUUACCCGAGAUUGAUAUUGGAGAGUGUGUCAAGGACUCGAUUGAAAUGUGUCGGAUUUCGCCUCGAAGUAUAAGCUACAGAAGAUUUACAAAUGAACCAGAAAUAAAGGAUCCAAUGGAUAUCGUCGAGGUCCCUAUGGAAGUGCUACUGACUGAGAUCUGUCCUCACCUCAGUUUGUCAGAUUUCUUCUCGCUGGUAUGUCAAGACAAAUGCUGUGUCGUCGACAUCAGAUCGAAUUUGUUAUACGAGAAGAGUUGCAUAGACGGCAGUAUCAACGUACCGUACAGCGGGGUGCAUCUUGGGCAGCACGAGCUAAGGUCUCUCGGUCUGCAGCCGUACAAGACCCUGACUGAGGCGAUCAAGGCGAAGAAAGUCAUAGUGGUCACCUCCGCUGAGGACGAGACGGCGCAAUUAUUCAGUGAAUACUUGGUGAAGUGCGGCGCGGCGCGCGUGUGCGUGCUGCACGGCGGCGUGUCCGCGCUGCACGCGCACGUUCCCUCACUCUUCACUGUGCCUCCCAAGAAGAACGGGCAGAAAUAACCUCCCCUGCCCUAUGCUUGUAUGUCGUACUACGAAGUGACUAGUGAGGCGCGACGGUGUGGUCUGUGCCGCCGCGCCGCGAUAUAUCGCGUAAAGUGAAGUGAGGCGCGACCGUAGGAUAUCUAUCCGGCCGCGUGGUUGGUUCGUCAAUCAAUACCUGGUGAAGUGCGGUGCGGCGCGCGAAUUUGUGCUGCAGAGCGAUUCAUAGAUUCUCGACGUUGCGUUCAAUUCAUAAUUUGUUUGAAAUUAUUGGAGACUGAAUAUUAUUUUCUGGGUUUUUGCCGUUUUGUAUAGUAAUUAAAUAUGGCAACUGAUUUUGAAUGAGAUGAUGUUGUUGAAAAAUAUUAAGUACCAAAUCUAAAAUAUUAAUUAGGUACUAGGAAUAAUAAGUAAUAAGAUUACUGUCAUGUUAGAUAAAGAAACAAUUUUUUUUAUUAACUUAAGCAUUUAUUUAGUUUAUUGUAUGUAUAUAGAAAUACCUAUAUCCUAUUAUAUCUUGCUCAUUGUAAGUAUGUACUUCAAGGAAGAGAAAGUAAGAUCUGUUAAGUGCAAUUUUAUAAUCAAAAUAAAGUUCGUUAAAAACGAAGGUGA